GCGGUAUCACCUCCUUACGCGCUCCUCCGAUCCAAUCCAGCAGAGCCUGCCGUACCUUGACAACUCGCAGGUCAUGAGCAUGCAGCAAGAUGAUCUGUUUCGAGAACGUGCCGCGCUGGACGUUCUGGAGAUGGCGGCUACUGGCACUCUGGCCAUGCGCAAGGGGCCGAAGCCAGACUGGUCAAAAGUGCCAGUGGAGGACGACAGUCCAUUGCAUAGCAUCCUGCUGCGGAAAGAGGAGGAGGAGCUCCCUCCUCCACCAGAGGAGCCGGAGCAGAAAACAGUUACCAUGCCGUUCAUGACUACCCGUGAAAAGCUCUACAGGAAGCAGCAGGAGGAGGAG